AUGUCUUCAAGUACGCAUCCAAACUGCCAGAAACUCAUCCAACGCGUAGCAGAGUUUCUAUCCGAAGUCGAAAAUCUCACCCCGGGCCGCGAUCUCGAGGAGCGUCUCAACCGCCAGUACGGCCCCGGCAACGCCUUUUACGAUGACUUUGCCCGCCUGAUCCGCGCAGGCCUCGACGGCGACGAGGGCUGGGUCGCCACUGACGAGGUGCAGGGGCCGCACUACCGGCGCACGCGCGUCAGCCCGCCCACCGAGGCCACGCGCUUCUGCAGCAUCACCACCGUCUACAUGGACCCCUGCGCGGCAGCUGGCGGCGACGAGGAGGUCCUACGCGGCCAGUACCACCUGCACCCGUACGGCGAGAUCAACUGCGUCAUUCCCGUCGCCGACGGCGCGCAGCUCAAGGGUAUGAGCGGCUGGCAGGGCGCCGGCUGGACGUCGCCCGGCCCGGGCACGCACCAUUAUCCGGAGGCGAGAGGGGGGCCGGUCGUUGCGCUGUUUUUUCUUCCGGCGGGGCGGAUAUCGUAUGCUGCGAGUCCGGAUGCGCCGCAGCCGAUUUCUAUAUAA